AUCCAACCUGAGCAUUGCAAUUGUUACCACCUCACCACACCUCCUUUCUCUCUUAAGAUACAAAAAUGCAGGAAACUCUCUGUUAUUAAAGUUAGAUUGCUGUUGGGUCUCAACUCAUGCUGUCCCAAACCACUCAGUACAAGAGGACUCACAUAAGAAAAAAAACCAAGAAAAACUAUUUCUCCCAGCAGAGACAAUCACCUCACUGCAGCGUGCACUCCGGGUUGCCAUAAAGUGAAGAAAUUAGCUCGGUUUCUAUUUCCACAACAAAGAACUGCUGCUCUGGUCUGAUCUGAGAUGCACGGGAGUAAAUAAAAUAGAAUGUUAACAGGCUUUGAAAUUUGAAUGCUCCAAAUGCAGAAAUGAUUUGGCAACUAGCAUCUCAUUGGUCACCCCUGGUUACACUCCUGGUUUUUGGUCUGUUUCUGCAAGCACCAUUCACACAGCCCUCCACCAUCACACAGCCAAAUUUUGUCCUGUUGCUGGCUGAUGAUCUCGGCAUAGGGGAUGUAGGUUGCUAUGGGAAUGAUACUAUCAGGACGCCGAACAUCGAUCGCCUGGCAAAGGAAGGAGUGAAGCUGACCCAACACAUUGCUGCAGCUCCACUUUGCACCCCCAGCAGAGCAGCCUUCCUCACUGGCAGAUAUCCCCUCCGAUCAGGGAUGGACGCUAUAAAUGAUUACCGUGUUAUUUUUUGGAAUGCCGGCUCAGGAGGGCUUCCUCCGAAUGAAACCACGUUUGCCAAAAUACUGCAGCACCAAGGCUACAGCACAGGAUUGAUAGGGAAGUGGCAUCAAGGUGUUAACUGUGAAUCCCGCAAUGACCAUUGCCAUCACCCUUUAAAACAUGGAUUUGACUAUUUCUAUGGGAUGCCUUUUACGCUAAUAAGUGACUGCCAGCCAACAGAAACACCAGAGAUGGACAGAGCCUUUAGAAGGAAACUCUGGCUUUCCACUCAAAUGAUUGGCCUCAUUACAUUCACUGCUGUCCUUGGAAGACUGACCGGCUUGAUUUCAGUCCCCUGGAAAACACUGAGUUGCCUUGCUGGGUUUAGUCUCCUGUUCUUCAUAUCCUGGUUCUCAAGUUAUGGAUUUGUACGGUACUGGAACUGCAUUAUGAUGAGAAACCAUGGAAUUACUGAGCAGCCAAUGGUGACAGACAGAACUACAUCCCUUAUCUUGAGAGAGUCCAUUUCAUUUAUUGAAAGAAAUAAGCACAAGCCAUUCCUCCUCUUUCUUUCCUUUUUGCAUUCCCACACCCCUCUCCUCACUACAAAGGAGUUUCUUGGGAGGAGCAGACAUGGAUUAUAUGGAGACAAUGUAGAGGAGAUGGACUGGAUGGUGGGCCAGGUUCUAGAUGCUAUUGACAAGGAAGGCUUGAAAGAUACUACAUUAGUUUACUUUGCCUCUGAUCAUGGUGGAUGGCUGGAAAGACAAGAAGGCAAAAGGCAGCUGGGUGGCUGGAAUGGAAUAUACAAAGGUGGAAAAGCUAUGGGAGGCUGGGAAGGAGGAAUCCGCGUCCCAGGAAUAUUUAGAUGGCCAGGAGUGCUGCCUGCAGGCACAGUUAUUGAUGAACCCACAAGCCUUAUGGAUAUUUAUCCUACAGUAGUUCACUUGGCUGGAGGGGCAGUGCCUCAGGACAGGGUAAUCGACGGCCGGGAUCUGCUGCCGCUGCUGCGCGGCACGGCGGCACACUCGGAGCACGAGUUCCUCUUUCAUUACUGUGGCGUUCACCUACACGCUGUGCGGUGGCACCAGAAGGACACUGGAGCUGUUUGGAAGGCUCAUUAUGUGACUCCCAUCUUCAGUCCUCCUGGAGCUGGGGCUUGCUAUGAGAGGGGAUUUUGCCCAUGCUUUGGGGAAGGAGUGACCCAUCAUGAGCCUCCAUUGCUGUUUGAGCUCUCGCAAGACCCUUCUGAAGCCAAAGCUCUCUCGGCUGACACAGAGCCCCUCUUUGACACUGUCCUAAGGAGGAUUGGCAGAGCCAUAGAGGAGCACCGCAGGACGCUGACUCCAGUCCCAGAGCAGCUCUCUGUGUCCAAUGUGGUGUGGAAGCCAUGGCUGCAGCCGUGCUGUGGGACGUUCCCAUUCUGUUGGUGUGAUAAGGAAGGUGAUAAUAAACUUGUUGAUCUCUAAAGGAUAGAACCUGAUACUUUCUCAAAAAUGUAUUUAGAUUAAGAAGGUUUCCUUUGGGGGGUGUUGGCCCAUGGGUCAUUAAUUUCUCUAAAUGGACCCUUUAUAAAAUAAUUGUUCCGGUGAAUGGCACAGUAUUAAGUAAAGGUAGCUUUAAGUUGGACACUGUCAGGGAGGGAUCAAGAGAGAUGAUCUGAAGACCAUGUUUUAACUAGCAUCUGCUGACAAGAGAAUUAAUAGUUCAAAUGCACUGAAGUGGGCCAAGAUUAGAGCUGUACAAGCAAUGGUUCUGAAUGUAUAUUUUGUGCUGAAUUUCUAAGUGAUUCCUGGACUGGGUUCUCCCUUAAUUUUGUUGUCCUUAUUUCCCUUUUGCUAUCCUGGCAAUGCAUUUUUUUAUCCUUAUCUCUCCUUUUGCUAUCCUGGCAAUGCAUAAAGUGACCUUAUAAUAAAUUUUGCAGACUGUUGCUUCUGAAAUAAUUAGAAAAUAGUCUUGCCUGCACUUCCUCAAGAAAUCUUUCUUAAGAGUGGCUUUUUUCAUCCCUUGUAGCUAGGGUCUCCAAGCAGCAGUAAUGAUAACCGCUGAUUGGCCUGGGCAAGGUGUAGGGCAAUCAAGAUGACAAGCUGGGCAGUGGCUGUCUGCACUCUCUGAGAAGGGUGGGACUCUGCUGGUUGGAGUCAGCCUCUUUUGAUGGAGUGUUGGAAAAACACAACUUGACAGAGAUGGGGCAGCUGAGGGGCAUUUUUAAAGAUUUUACUCCAUUAUCAAUCUCAUAGAAGGCUGAGACACAAGAGAUGUAAAACUCAAUGCUAUUCUAUCAGAAGCCACCAUAUUUCUAUUUGUUAUAAUACCUUAUAAAUGUUUUUCAGCCUAUUAGCUUUUGCCACACCAUGCUGCUAAUACUUCUAACACCAAUUACCUAUUAUUUCACCCCAUGUGAUCUUGUUACAAUGCAUUUUUCACAGUUCUAAUUCUCCAAAAUAUCUGGUCUGCUUGCAAGACCAUAAUUUGAAACUUGUUUUCAGUUCAAUUUCUCUCUCAAUGUCUUCUCUAUUCCAUGGCCUUUCUAAGUCAGCACACCUUAUCUCAGAGUUUGCAUACAGAUGUGAGCUUUCAGUCAGGCUUUGACAAUCCUCUACAAAUCCAUUUCUCACAAAAGAAAAGAAAUAAAGGAAACUACUGUCCUUUUCCAAAGCUCCCUUUGCCUCCUGCUCCCUAAAUAGCACUGGCAAGGGCCUUUUGACACUGAUGGUCACAGUAGUGCCACGCUGAUGACUGGUUCAGUCAUUUGGGUACAGGACGGCACAAGUUACACUGCUGCCCAGAUCUAAGUCAUAAGUGUUUCCUACUGACAAGUAGCAUCUUAAAAAGAAGAUGUCAAGCACUAAUUAUGAAAACAAAAAAUAAUUUGCUAUGAAAAAAGGUAGAGAAUUAAGGUGGGUUUUUCUUCACAAGUUACAUUUUCACACCACCAAAAAGGUAGGAUUACUUAGGUCUAUCUCUUUGCUUCUAUGCCUUUUUUGCUGCAGUUCUUUCCUUCUUUGUGUUAAAAUAGCUGUUCCUUAUUAAGCAGCCUUGCAAGUAAUGUUUUUCUUUGUAAGCCUGUAAAUACAUCUGUUCAGAUAGACAUGUUUACACUGAUAUAACUGAACAGUUAGGCAUCUAAACAUAAUUUGUGCAUUUGUUUUAUUUCACUGUUUUUAACUUUUCUUUAACUACUGUACUAGGACCAAUUUAUCUUAUUCAUCUUAUUCAGUACACAUUUGGUUCAUUUUGGUUUUAUUUCCUCCUUUGCUUCCCACAAUUCAGUCACUAGGAAAUCCGGAGGUAAAAAAUGCCCUACAGCUUAAAAGCAAAAUUUUAUUUUAUGCUGUGACUUCAUGCAUUUCACAGAUUGUUUUAAUUCAGCCAGAUGCACCAUCAGUGCUAUUGAUGAGAAGAAGGUCUUAUUGAUGAGAAAGUCUUACUGUGAAAAAUUCAAGACAUUCACUAAAUCCAUUACUUUCACAUGUUCUGAUUGCUGCUCCUUCCUCCGAUGUUAGAAAUGUCUGAGUAUUUUCCUCAUUUGAGUGUAUUCUAUUUAACUGUUUCUUUCUUGGAGCGAUUUAAAGGUCUUUUCAUAUCCAAAAUGAAGUGUUUUCUUUACCUGAAAUUAAUGUGAUCAGACUGGAAUUUUUCA